GAUGUCUCAGAGCUAUCAGGGGGCGGUGCUCCUUUCGCCUUUCGGCGAGCCAACCGCCGAGCCAUUAGUCUUUUGAUCUCAUCAUCGCGAAUUAAAGGGAACACGGUGGAAACCAGUGGGCUCUAUAAGGGAGCGGGAGAAGGCGAGGUGCGCGCGAGUCUUCUAACCCUAGGAAUGGAGAAGGAGCUGCUGGGGAGGCUGGAGGCCGCGGUCGCGCGCCUGGAGGCGCUCGGCGCCGCCGGAUCCCGCUCCGCAGGCACAUCCUUCGAUCUCGCCGACGCGGCGGCCGCAGAUCCGGCGAUAUCGGCGAUCGACGACCUCAUAUCCGGACCCCUCGCCCGGGUCUCCGAGGCCGCGGGGAAGAUCGGCGGGCAGGUCCGUGAAGUGACCAAGAUAGUGGAGGAGGCGUUCGCGGUUCAGAAGGACCUCCUCGUCAAGGCCAAGCAAUGCCAGAAACCUGACGCUGUGGGCUUACAAGAGUUUCUGAAACCACUCAAUGAGGUGAUCCUCAAGGCAAGUACUUUGACUGAAGGAAGGCGCUCUGAUUAUUUUAACCAUUUGAAGGCAGCUGCUGACAGUCUUACAGCUUUGGCAUGGACUGCUUACUCAGGAAAAGAUUGCGGCAUGAGUCUUCCAACUGCACAUGUCGAAGAAUGUUGGCAGAUGGCUGAAUUCUACAACAACAAGGUUCUUGUGGCAUACAGAAAUAAAGAUCCAGACCAUGUAGAGUGGGCAAAAGCAUUGAAGGAGCUCUAUCUGCCUGGCUUACGAGACUAUGUCAAAGGUUUUUAUCCUUUGGGCCCUGUUUGGGGUCCUGCCGGGUCAACUGUUUCUGCACCUAGAUCUGCUUCUUCCACUUCAAAAGCUCCCCCAGCAAAGGCUCCUGCCCCUCCACCAUCUCUUGUCAGUUCUGAGACUGCACCAUCGCAACCUAAACAAGGGAUGUCUGCUGUCUUUCAGGAAAUCAACUUGGGCAAGUCUGUGACUACAGGUUUGAGGAAGGUUAGUGAUGACAUGAAGACCAAGAAUCGAACUGAUAGAACUGGUGCUGUCAGUACGACUGAAAAAGAUUUUCGUGCCAGUUCCUUUUCCUUUUCUAAAACAGGACCUCCGAAAUUGGAGCUUCAAAUGGGUCGCAAAUGGGCAGUUGAAAAUCAGAUCAGAAAGAAGGACUUGGUAAUUGAUGACUGUGACUCAAAACAAUCUGUAUAUGUAUUUGGGUGCAAGGAUUCUGUUUUGCAAGUCAAAGGAAAAGUGAACAAUAUAACUGUUGACAAGUGCACCAAAAUGGGAAUCGUGUUUACGGAUGUGGUCGCAGCUUGCGAGAUUGUGAACUGCAAUGGUGUGGAGGUGCAAUGUCAGGGUUCAGCACCGACAAUAUCAAUAGACAACACAUCAGGCUGCCAAUUGUACCUAAGCAAAGAUUCAUUGGAGGCUUCCAUAACAACAGCUAAAUCAAGUGAAAUUAAUGUAAUGAUUCCUGGUGCAGGCCCAAAUGAUGACUGGGUGGAGCAUGCAUUGCCACAGCAGUAUGUCCAUACUUUCAAGGAUGGCCGGUUCACAACAUCUCCAGUCUCUCACUCUGGCGGGUAACUGUGCUUAUUACCAACUUUAUCCCUAUCUAUGUCUAAUAGCAUUAUUCCAUGGCAGAGAGAAAUAAGACCAACAGUCGUGUUAGUGGGUUUUGCAAGUCUGCAUUUAAGUUUAUGCUGCAACUGAAACAGCCCUUUUUCGUUCCCUCUUCAUUUCUGUGGAUUUGUUAUUUUUGCCGAUUUGUGAUUUAUUUGGUUUGGAAAGAUGCAAAGCUUUUCUUUUGCUUUUUGUUUACCUUGUGUACAUGAAAAGCAGCCCUAGUGGUCAUUUUCUAUCUCCUCGUUCUUUAUCA